UGUCAGAGUAGUGUUGAGACCAAUAGAAAGCAGACAAGUGUUAAAACAUGUCAUCAAAUGCUUUAAACACACAUUCAAUGUAUUUUUGCCGGCGAUUUGUGGCCACCGAUAGUCACACAGAGAGUGUCCCUCUAUAGUGAACCCCUUUAUUAUUAACAGUUGUGUACACUAUUCACGUUGUUAUAUCAUUAUAUUUAUUUCGCACAUUCAUUAAGUGUUUUGUAUUUAUUGUUAAAUAAUUAAUAAAAGUUUGUUAACAAUAAUAAUAAGAGACAACAAAACAGAGACAACGAAAUCAAAAACCAUAAAAAUGUUUUGGCGUUUAUUACUAUCGCUAUUGUUAUGCACUCUCACCGCACGUAUCGGUGUGGUGUCCGGAGUGGCCGUCAUGUCUGUGGACUUGGGCUCGGAGUGGAUGAAAGUGGCGAUCGUUAGCCCAGGGGUGCCGAUGGAGAUCGUACUCAACACCGAUUCCCAGCGCAAGACACCGAUUGUGAUCUCCUUUAGGGACGGCGAACGACUCGUGGGAGACUCGGCUCAGGCCGUGGCCACGAGGUUUCCCGACAAAGCGUUCGCCUACUUCUUGGAUCUGUUGGCCAAACACCGCAACUCAUCUGUGGUUCAGUUGUUUCACAAACGCUUUCCCUAUCAUCGCAUCGAAGACACGCUCACCGGCAUAAGCCUAUCGACAGCCGACGGCCUACUGUUCACACCGGAAGAGUUGAUAUCAAUGAUGCUGUCGAAGGCGAAAGUGUACGCCGAAGACUCGAGCAAACAGCCAAUCAACGACUGCGUGAUAACAGUUCCGCCGUAUUUCACUCAAGCGGAACGCCGGGCGCUACUAAUGGCCGCCGAUUUGGCCAAACUUAAGGUCUUGCAGAUCAUCAACACUAACGCCGCGUUUGCCCUCAACUACGGCGUGUUUCGGCGCAAAGACUUCAACACAACCGUCACUAAUAUACUCUUCUACGACAUGGGGGCGAGCAGUACGACCGCAACCAUCGCCUCCUAUCAGUUGGUCAAAACCAAAGAGCGCGGAUUCGCCGAAUCCAACCCUCAGGUCACCAUUAAAGGUGUCGGUUACGACCGAACGCUGGGCGGCCUCGAGAUGCAGAUCCGACUGCGCGACCAUUUGGCCAAACUGUUCGCUGAACAGUCGAAGAAGCCGUUGAAAGAGAUCACAUCCAAUCACAGGGCGAUGGCUAAGCUGUUCAAAGAGGCCGCGCGUCUCAAGAAAGUGUUGUCCGCCAACACUGAACACAAGGCUCAGGUGGAGAACGUGAUGAACGACAUCGACCUGAAGGCGAUGGUCACCCGCGAAGAGUUUGAAACGCUGUGCGCAGACCUGUUGACCGAUCGGGUGACCAAACCUAUCGACGACGCGUUCGCUUCGUCCGGCUAUACGAUCGCCGAAAUUGAUUCCGUGAUUAUAGUCGGCGGUAAUACACGAGUGCCUAAAAUACAGACAGUUUUGCAAAACUAUUUC